UGCAGCAGAACACAGCGAUUGAGUGGCACUACACGGUUUCAGAGCAGCAGCAGCAGCAGCAGAAACAAUAACACAAACACACACGCAUACACGCGCGCUGGAGUCUCUGUGUCCCAGCGUUCUGCCAUCAGGAUGAGCGCCGGAGACGUGGUCUGCACCGGCUGGCUCAUCAAAUCUCCGCCUGAGAAGAAAUUAAAGAGAUAUGCAUGGAGAAAGCGCUGGUUCGUGCUGCGCCAGGGCCGUAUGAGCGGAAACCCAGACGUGUUGGAGUACUACCGCGGCAAGAGCUCCAAGAAGCCCAUCCGCACCAUCGACUUGAGGGAGUGCCAGGUCCAGAGGCAUGAAGAAGUGCGGCUCAUAAAGAGAGAGUUCCAGCACCUGUUCAUCGUCAAGACAUCCUCCCGCAUCUUCUACUUGGUUGCUAAGACAGAGGAGGAGAUGAACAGCUGGGUGCGUAACAUCAGUCAGAUCUGCCACUUUGGUUCUCUGGAUGAUGAGGCAGACUUAGACAGCUUUUCCCAGCAGCCUUCGCCCACCAGCUCCUCCCACACGUCUCGGGUCACCGGCCAUGAGCUCAGCACGGAAGCCAACACCACUGAGGACAGCCGCAGCAACUCAGAGUCCAGCCUUCCCCCUGACUACCUCAUCCUCUCACAGUGUGAGACAGGGAGGGUCAGCAUCACCAGCUGUUCAAACUCUGAGAGGUCCCUCGAGCAGAACUCAUCGGACAUCGAGGACGUUUUCCUGUCACCUCACCUCACCAGUCAGACAGUCUCACCUUUCCUCUCGGUCGGGCCAUCAGAACCCCCCCUCGGCACUCCCUCCACGCCACUGGAGAGGCUGUCUGAAUUCUCCUCUUCCUGCUCCUCCACUUCACCCACCCAGAUGCUCCCGCCCACUCCGGACAUUUUCCAGUUUGAGCCGGUCUCGUCCCUGUCCCCAGAAGGGAGCAUGGAUGGCCACGCCCCCCCUCCUCGGCCCCCCAAGCCCAGUCGCUUCUCUGAGCGACGUGUGGAUAACAGUCUAAACCACAUGACCCUGAGGGAUGGUGAGGGGCUGUUCACCCUUCAGCCAGCCCCCAACCACAGGAGAAUCUCCCUGUCAGGACUCGAACAUGACCGAAAAGGAGAAUUUGAUAAUACCUCCGUAAGAAGCUGGAGCAAAAGACUAAGCCUUAAUUUGCCUCAACUGACCCCUGCCUACAGUCCAAAUUCAGCAGACUGCUAUGAAGAUUCUUAUAUACCCAUGACCUCCCCUCCUAUCUCCACUGUGAACAAUGAGUCAGAUGGGUACAUCCCCAUGAGCCCCACGUCAGUAAAAUUCCUUCUGUCCAAUGGGAAACCAGAGCCCCCUCCUCCAGCCCCACUGCGCGGAUUGCCUUGCGACCUGGAGCCGCCCCCUGUGAACCGAGAUUUGAAGCCGCGCAGGAGAGCAAGACCUCCUCCACUGGAUCUGCGGGGCCUAUCCACCAUAAGCGAGUGUCCACUCCACCUGUCUCUGACACGGACACUGACAGAGCCAGGAAACUCAACUCAUUGGUUUUCACUGGAGAGAGGACCUGGCAUAGGCGGGGCUUCUGAGGAUGAGGAAGACUGGCUGUCUGGGGAGUCCAAGCAACUGUUACCUCCCAAUGGCAAUACCACUCUCUGCUUCCCCAAAAAAUCCAACCUGGACUACCUUUCACUGGACUUCAACCCAGCAUCACCUUCACCCGUGCAGAAGAAGGCUUUGCUUACCGAUGAACACAGAGUGGACUAUGUACAGGUGGAUGAGAAGAAGACCCAGGCCUUGCAGAACACUAAAAUGGAGUGGAAGGAUGUGCGGCAAUCCAAAGUGUAAAGCAAGGUUGGGACAGCAUGUAGGAGAAAGAAAGAAAAAAAAGAUAACACAAACAACGUCACCACCAGCACAGGAGGACAGAAUAAAAUAGCCUCAUACCAACAUUAUCAACAAGAAACUGCAUUUGCUCGGUUGCAAGAGGAAAUCAUAUACAUAUCAUGUGCCACUCUUGGAGACGAGACUCCAUAGUUAUAUUGCUGAACGAUGUGUGAAAUGCUUUUAACACAGGGCUCUCUUUGUAAAUGUCAUUUUUCAGUUCUGCAGAUGUUUUUUUUUUUGUUCAACAAAUAAGGGUGUGCCGGUAUUAAUGUCCAGCAUGAGUGAUGGGGUAAUUUCCACGGUGCACUCCAUUUGAGGCUUUUGACAAAAAAAAAAGGAAACAAGAAAAAUAACAGAUCUUGUCAUACAACACCCGAAUUCCACAGAUUGUUACCUUUGGCAACUUUAUAUUAAGUUUGCAUUUACCAAAGGUUUACCGAGCUCUAGAAAACACCACUAUAAUAUGUCACAGCACAUAAAAAUAUGUGCAAAUGUUGGAGCAAAUGUUAAGAUGCCAUGUCUAUUGUUAUACUGUUGUCACAUACAAAUUUGUUUUAUACAGAGUAUGGGUCAGUUCCAUUUAAAAUCAUUCAAUUCAGGGAAUGAACUGAUUAAACUGAAAUGGAAUUGAUCCCAACUCCCAACUGGUUUCAUAUUGAGGUACAGUUGCAAAGCUACAAAGAUUAUUGAUCAUAGAUCAUGGGUUCCAAACCAUCUGGCACAUCAUUUUGGGUUAUAAAAACUGAUGGAUCUGAGCUCCGGUGUUUAUCUUAUCUCCAACCGCAGCUAAAAUAGAGCCUGUCAGCUCGGAGCUGUUUUAUCCUGGUUUUAUCAAUCUGUCAUGCGGAGGAAAACAUGGAAAGGUCACAUUAAUAUAAAUAAAACUGUUUAAACAAGCCAGUUCAUUUGAGAUCCUCCGCCCACUUGCACGGGAAGAGAGGACCAGGGGAAUUGGGAAAUAUUUAAAAACGAGGAAGUUAAAAUUGUAAAAUUCUUGUGAUGUUCUUGCAAAGUUCUUGGCAAAAGAGGUACUUCAGAUUUAGCAGGGAUGCAGGUAUGAACAGAGAUGUAUUAUCUAUUUAUAUACCUGCACGAAAUGCCUGUUAAAUGUCGGACAACAGUUCUGAAAACAUUACAAGUUUGCUUCCCAGUGCCACUGCUGUUGUACCCUUGGGCAAGGUACUUAACCCAUAUUGCCUCAAUAAACAGCUGUAUAA